AUGGCUACCAUCUCUCAAUUAAAUCUAUUUCCAUGCAAGACUCUGUCUUCAAAAACACCUUUAAACUCCCAUUUCACUUCUUCAAGACCCUCAAUUAUCACUCUAAGCUCAAUCAAAACCACCCCAACAAGCACACAUUCGAUCUCGAGAAUUCUGGUGACCAGAGAACCCACCAAGAGAAGGAAUCUGUUGUUGGUUAAGGCUGUGGAUGAUGACGAGUGGGGUCCAGAAAAGGAAGGGUCUGGGGUGGCUUUGGCGGAGAAGGAGGAGGAGAAGCUGAAAGAGCUAGUGGAGACUGAUAGCUUGAAGAGACGGUUGGUGGAAACUUUUUAUGGGACUGAUCGUGGAUUGAAUGCUACUAGUGAGACUAGAGCUGAGGUUGUGGAGCUUAUUACUCAACUUGAAGCCAGAAACCCCAAUCCUGCUCCCACUGAGGCCUUGACUCUGCUCAAUGGCAAGUGGAUUCUUGCGUACACAUCUUUUGUGGGUUUGUUCCCAUUGCUGUCAAGGGGUACACUGCCGUUGGUAAAGGUUGAGGAAAUAUCUCAGACAAUUGACUCUGAGAGCUUCACCGUUCAGAAUUCUGUGCUAUUCUCAGGGCCACUGGCUACUACAUCCAUUAGUACCAACGCCAAAUUUGAAGUCCGAAGCCCCAAGCGUGUGCAGAUCAAGUUUGAAGAAGGCAUUAUUGGGACUCCCAAGCUGACAGACUCCAUAGAGUUACCAGAAAAUGUGGAGUUUCUGGGACAGAAGAUCGACCUCACACCCUUCAGAGGCAUAAUCUCCUCUGUGCAAGAUACAGCUUCAUCUGUUGCAAAGACCAUUUCCAGCCAGCCACCAUUGAAGUUUUCUAUCCCAGACAGGAAUGCUGAAUCAUGGUUGCUAACCACAUACCUCGACGAUGAUCUUCGAAUUUCAAGAGGUGAUGCUGGCAGUAUAUUUGUGCUCAUUAAGGAAGGCAGUCCCCUCUUGACGUCCUGA